GUAUACUGAACGAUGACCUUGGUAUUACCAUGUCUCAUCUUUUACUUCCGUCUAGGACUGACCAUUUGAGAGGACAUUCGAAGAAAGUUCAAAAACCGAGAUCAAAUCGUUUAUGUCUGGAGUUUCGUUUCUCGCACCGAAUAGUGAAUUACUGGAAUUCUCUAACAGAAUACGUAAUAUCAUCACCUUCUGUCAAUAUAUUCAAAACGAGAUUGGACCUCCACAAUUUUACAAAUUGCAAGGAUUAAUAUAGGUCGAUAGAACUCCUAUCCUUAUUACUGAAGACUGAUUAAUGGCUCCAAUCAAAAUUAUAAUUUUGGCACAAUAUAGAAUUAUCAACACAAAAAACAAUUACAAUUAAUGGAAUGAACAAUUUAAUCUCCCUGAAAGAAUGGCAAGUUGAAACAGAGAGAUAAGGAGAGAGAGAGAGAGAGAGUGAUUGAAAAAGACAAAAUAUGAAAGAGGUCAACUUGAUAGAAAGUUCUAAGACAACAACAAUAACAACAACACCAUCACCAUCAUCAUCACCACCACCAACAACAAAAACUAAUCAUCUCUCUGUCAAUCAUAUAAGAAAUCUGGAUACAUCAAUCCUUAUGGAAACUGAUUCAUACGUACAUAAGUAUAGUUAAAGAUUACACAGGAGAGAGAGAGAGAGAGAGAUAAUCGAAAGAUUGAAGAUAAUGUACAGUAGGAGGAGAUUUUAUGAAGAAAUGUUCUUUACAAAAAAAGGAUAAUAAUAUUAAUAAACAUUCUAUUUGUAUCAAUGUAAAUCUGAUGUUUUAUGAACCACACCCAAUUUCAUUUUUCUUACGUUACACAAAUACUACUACUACUACUACUACUACUACUACUACUACUACUACUACUAAUAAUAAUAAUAAUAAUAAUAAUAAUAAUAAUAAUAAUAAUAAUAAUAAAGGAAAUGAUGAAAACUACUUGAAAAUUGAAUAA